AUGGACGGCAGGACGAGCGAGGCACUGGCCGCCGGCCUCAGUAUACAGCUCGACCUGGAGGACACCGAUUCAGGCAAGAAGGCUCAGAUAACAGAGAUGCCGUCCCCGUUUGGAGCGGGCCCAGCCCAUGAGAAAAAGAUUGGCCACAGGAGGAUAGAUGCCUCUGGAGAGACAACAUACAAGAAGACCACUUCCUCUGCCUUGAAAGGGGCCAUCCAACUGGGUAUUGGAUAUACUGUUGGCAACCUCAGCUCCAAGCCUGAGAGAGAUGUGCUGAUGCAGGACUUCUAUGUGGUCGAAAGCAUCUUCUUCCCCAGUGAAGGCAGCAACCUCACGCCAGCCCACCACUUCCCAGACUUCAGGUUUAAAACCUAUGCUCCCGUGGCCUUCCGCUACUUCCGAGAGCUGUUUGGGAUCCGACCAGAUGACUACCUGUAUUCUCUAUGUAAUGAGCCACUGAUCGAGUUGACAAAUCCAGGAGCUAGUGGCUCCAUAUUCUAUGUAACCCGUGAUGAUGAGUUUAUCAUCAAAACUGUCCAGCACAAAGAGGCUGAGUUUCUACAAAAACUCCUUCCUGGGUACUAUAUGAACUUGAACCAGAACCCCCGGACUUUGCUGCCAAAGUUUUUUGGCCUCUACUGCGUCCAGAGUGGGGGGAAGAACAUUAGAGUUGUUGUGAUGAACAAUAUUUUACCACGCUCUGUACGCAUGCACCUCAAGUUUGACCUCAAGGGCUCUACAUACAAGAGGCGCGCUUCCAAAAAGGAAUGCGAGAAGUCAAAACCCACUUUUAAAGACCUGGACUUUCUGAGUGAUGUUCCUGAAGGCCUCACUCUGGACCAGGACACAUACACAGCUCUGGUCAAAACGUUGCAAAGAGACUGCCUGGUUCUGGAGAGUUUUAAGAUUAUGGACUACAGUUUGCUGCUUGGGAUCCACAACAAGACCCAAGCAGAGAGAGAGUAUCAGUCCCAGGGCUCAACUGCAGGCGGUGGGGAUGAAAAGAAGCCUGCAGCCCAGAGAGCCUUGUAUUCCACUGCCAUGGAGUCUAUACAGGGAGGCUCCACAUGCAGGGAUACGCUGGACCAUGAUGACACUAUGGGUGGUAUUCCAGCUGUUGGUGGUAAAGGAGAGCGCCUCCUGCUGUUCAUUGGGAUCAUUGAUAUUUUGCAGUCCUACAGACUGAUUAAGAAGCUGGAGCACUCUUGGAAGUCCCUUAUCCAUGAUGGGGACACAGUUUCAGUUCACAGACCUGGUUUCUAUGCUGAGAGGUUCUACAAAUUCUGUAGCACCAUUGUCUUCAAGAAGAGCUGCUCAUUGCGAUCCUCUCCAUCUAAGAGGGGCCGAGGGGCUCUCUCUAUGUCCAAGUCCAGUGCCGGGACUGGUUCAGCUGGGCAGCGUCCAUCAUUGAGUGACGAGAGGCAGGAAAACCUGGAAAACUUGGAGAACCUACGAGGAGCUCGCAGCUUCCCAAUGCUAGAGGACAAUGGGAGAGAACCACCCUGCACUCCUCCGUCAUUUGAAGAUGCUACCACAGCGUCUAUUGCUACCACGCUUUCCUCUAACAACUCCUUACCCACCACGCCCUUCGAUACACCAGAGCACCCACGCUACAGGAGACAAAUGCAUUCACCGAGUGUGGUCAGGUCACAAAAAGAGAUAGUUGAGGUUCAUGGGGAAAAGCAGGACACCAUAACAGUGGAGGUGGAGCUCAGUAAAAUCCCAAAGAGCACGGAGCUCACACAGAUGACAGAAAUGACCUCUCCCAGCCAUCUGUCACCUGAUCAUCAGCCCCGUGUCUUUGCUUCAUCCAGCCCUCCCUCUGCUAGUCCAUCCUCAGCAUAUUCCUCCUCUACCCUUCCUCCCGCUUUUGUUUCUUCCUCCUCCGCUGCUCAGUCAGCCGGGCAGUCAUCCUCCACACUUUCUUCAUCCAUCCCUCCAUCAACCAAACCCCUCACCUCUCCCACGGACGCUCAGUCUUCCAGUCUUUCUCCUCCAGUCCCUCAUUCAGCCGCACAAUCCAGAUUUGCCACCUCAGCAAACACCACCACCCUCCCUCCUGCCUCAGCAUUUACUCCCAUCUGCCCUGCAUCUCCUUGCUCCUCCACCCAGAGCUCUUCUCACCAUCUCCCCUCGACACCUCCCUCCUCUGUCCCUCCGAGCCCCCAGGUGCCACAGCGGGCGCCACGUACUUCAUGCAAUCAGCUGUCUGUGUCCAGCAGCCACAACUCAUUGGAUGGGGAGGUGCAGGUGUCAGACAUCUACUUUUAUGCAGAUGGCAGAUAUUGGGUGUACUCUCCAGUUCUUGGCCGUCGUAAGCUAAACUCUAGCUCAAGCUACAAUCAGAAUCAGGAGGAUCGGAGCUGGGUGUACUCUCCUCUGCACUACGGCUCGGAGUCCAGAAGGGGCUCUGAUGGGGAGAGUGAGACAGGUGACAAGUCAGCCAUGUCGGGCCAUGAUGGAAUGUGUGAUGGACAAGGAUCAGCAGCCACCUCCCCAAUUGUCCUGAAAUGA